AUGAUUGUUAAAGUAGUGGUAAAAAGGCGAUCGCGUGCCUGCGUCAAGAAUGAGCUGGGGGACAUUGAAAAUGUGAAGUCCAUUGUAUGUUUGGAUGUUGCCGCUGACCGGUUGUGUAGUCUUUUCACAAGAUUAGAAGACGUGAACCUCAAUUUGGAAUCACUUGACAUAGCAGAAAAUUCCGAGGGAUCGAAUAUUGAAUGCAAGUGCCAAAGACUAUUGACGAAAAUCCGUACACGACGUGAAGUACUGAAGCAUCUUUCUAAUGCAUCUCCGGCGAGUGAGUGCGCGUCGGCGCAAGAUCAUCAGUACAAACCGAAUCUUCCGAAGAUAUCACUGCCGAAAUUCAGCGGUAGUUAUGGAGAUUGGCUGUCUUUCAAGGAUUUAUACGUCACAAUGGUACACAGUAAUGAAGAGCUCAGUCCUGUGCAGAAAUUCUAUUAUUUGAAGUCGUGUUUAGUAGGUGAAGCCGCUUCCCUAGUUACGACUUUGGAGUGUACAAAUGAAAACUACAUAAAGGCAUGGUUCAAAGCAGAAGACAUGUUGACGGAAGGUCAGUAUCCCCAUAUAUUUUAGAUAUUAUAGUUUUAUAUAUAAGAGCGUAUUCGAUUCCAUCCAUAGAGAAGGACUGAGCCCCAGCAGUGGAAACAUUUAUAAGCUGGUGAUGAUGGUGAAGACCUAGACGUACAAGCUAUAGAGCGUCUUAGCAACGUAACUAUUGCGACAUUAGCAACGUUACUUCUUUGA